CGCUCCACACAGCCAUGGCCGCCUCAGAGUCUUUACUACAAGAGGCGCAGAAGUCCGACUCACGCGAUGAACACACUCGCACAUUCUCCAAAGGCGUAGAGCUAGGUCCGGACGGCAAACCCUGCCGCACCUGCACAUCUUCCUCAGAAUGGAAAGCCAUGUUCAAAUCCACUAAAAUCCCCUCCAAAACUGCCGCCACCACCCUCACCCCUACACCCGCCGUCGCCGAACGCACCGACUGCCCUCCCGACAUCGAGCAACUCGGCCGCGCCUCCUGGACCCUCCUACAUUCUAUCACCGCCGCCUACCCCUCUAGCCCUUCCCUAGCCAAGCAAACCGAGACGCGCAACUUCCUCUCGCUCUUAUCGAAGCUGUACCCGUGCCACACCUGCGCGUCUGAUUUCCAGACCUGGCUGAAAGAGGAUCAGAAUGCGCCGCGGGUUAGUUCAAGAGAGGAGUUUGGGCGGUGGAUGUGCGAGGCGCAUAAUGCGGUCAAUGUGAAGCUGGGGAAGGAGAGGUUUGAUUGCGAUCGGUGGGAAGAGAGGUGGCGGACGGGGUGGAGGGAGGGGGGGUGUGAUUGAACCAUGUUCAGCAGCAUAUGUGUAUAUGUAUGAUUAUUAGUGUUUGAUGCAUAACGGGUUCACGGACAGGCAUGGGUCAUCCGCUCUGGAUGUUACAAGGCGUUUAGAGCUCUAUACUCCACGUUCAGAUGUAAAAUCAUGUAGUUAUAUCUACGUAACCAGUAAUAAUGUAAAUCAUCCAAACUCCAU